AUGUCCCUAUAAGUGUGCGUGCAUGCGGUAGAGUAGCCUUUGUGUGAUACGUAGACACAUCUUUUCGUGAACCGUUACUGUGUCACCAUGCUGUCCGCCGCUGCCCGCCUGCUGGCCAAGGAUGCCGGGCCAGGCAGCCUGGCUGCUCUGUCGCAGUGCCAGCAGCUCCGCUUCUUCAACGUGCAUGAGUACCAGGGUGCUCAACUUAUGAGCAAGUUUGGCGUCAACGUGCCGCCUGGCAUUCCGGCCAAGACCGUGGAGGAGGCUGCUGCUGCUGCUGAGAAGAUGGCCGACGAGAACGGCGAGGUCGUCAUCAAGUCCCAGAUCCUUGCCGGCGGCCGCGGUCUCGGCCGCUUCACCAACGGCCUGCAGGGCGGCGUGCACAUCGUGCCCAAGGAGCGCGCCACCGAGCUGGCCCGUCAGAUGCUGGGCGGCACCCUCGUCACCAAGCAGACCGGCCCCGCCGGCAAGCCAGUCAACACGCUGCUGCUGGCCAAGAAGAUGAAGCUCAAGCGCGAGAUGUACUUUGCCAUCCUGCUGGACCGCAAGACCGCCGGCCCCAUGAUGAUUGGCUGCAGCGAGGGUGGCACCAGCAUUGAGGACCUGGCUGAGAAGUUCCCCGAGAAGAUCAUCAAGGUCGGCAUUGACCCGCGGGUCGGCAUCACCGACGCGCAGGCGAUGACCAUGGUGGAGGGUCUCCAGGUGACCGGCGACAAGGCCGCCGCGGCCCAGCAGAUCAAGGGCCUGUACGAGCUGUUCGUCAAGUGCGACUGCACCAUGGUGGAGGUGAACCCCCUGGCUGAGAGCCUGGACGGCCAGCUGAUCGCCGCGGACGCCAAGCUGGGCUUCGACGACAACGCCGGCUACCGCCAGAAGGAGAUCGUGGCGCAGGUGGACGAGAGCCAGAUCGACUCCCGUGAGGUGGCUGCCUCCAAGCACGACCUGAACUACAUCGGUCUGGACGGCAACAUCGGCUGCAUGGUCAACGGCGCGGGUCUGGCCAUGGCCACCAUGGACAUCAUCAAGAUGCACGGCGGCGCGCCCGCCAACUUCCUGGACGUGGGCGGCAGCGCCAGCGAGGGACAGGUCGUUGAGGCGUUCAAGAUUCUGACCGGCGACCCGCAGGUCAAGGCCAUCCUGGUCAACAUCUUCGGUGGCAUCAUGAAGUGCGACGUCAUUGCCGCCGGCAUCGUCAACGCCGCCAAGCAGGUGGGCAUGAAGGUGCCGCUGGUGGUCCGGUUAGAGGGCACCAACGUAACCCGCGGCAAGGAGAUCCUGCGCACCAGCGGCAUGGCCAUCAUUGCCGCCGAUGACCUGGAUGAUGCCGCCAAGAAGGCCGUCAGCGCCAUCAAGGCGUAAGCAAGCUGAGUCUGCUGAGCUGGCUCAUCGCAGCAGCAGCGGCCCCUGUUCGUACGGCAGGGGCGUAAAGAUCAUCGGGCUUAAUACCUGCGAGGCGAAAAAAUCACGCGUGGAAAUCACGUCGUGGUUUUUGAGCUGAGCGUUAAAGAUGAUGGAACAAAGAGCUUGUUUGUUUGGGGCUCGUCGUGUUUGGUUCGCGUUCGGACGUAUUUUGAUGGUGGAGGUCGAGGAAGUGUGGGUUUGUGUGGUGGUAUUAGGUGGCGGAGGCAUGCGGUGAUGUGUUGUGACCCAUGUGCGUGCUGCUUAGUAUGUUAUGCGUCGUGGUGUGAUGUAACUCGGA